AUGAAGGGAAAGAUCGCAUCUCUCGCCUCGUUGGUGCUGAUCUCUGCGAAGCGCGAUAGCAUCACCCCGAUUACUGUCAAGGGCAAUGCCUUCUUCAAAGGUAACGAGCGUUUCUACAUCCGCGGUGUCGACUAUCAGCCCGGUGGCUCCUCCAAGCUUGCCGAUCCCAUUGCCGACUCCGACGGCUGCAAGCGCGACAUCGAAAAGUUCAAGGACCUGGGUCUGAACACAGUGCGUGUGUACUCUGUCGACAAUUCCAAGAACCAUGACGAGUGCAUGAAGGCACUGGCGGACGCGGGAAUCUACUUGGUCCUGGAUGUGAACACCCCCAAGUAUGCUAUCAACCGAGCCGACCCUAAGAGGUCUUACAACGACGUGUAUCUCCAAUACAUUUUCGCCACUGUUGAGAUGUUCGCCAAGUACGACAACACUUUGGCGUUCUUCUCCGGAAACGAAGUUAUCAACGACGGUCCUUCUUCCGCUGCUGCGCCAUAUGUGAAGGCGGUUACCCGUGAUAUUCGCGCCUUCCUUCGAGCUCGCAAGUUGCGUCACGUACCCGUUGGAUACUCUGCUGCCGAUAUUGACACCAACCGUCUCGAGAUGGCUGAGUACAUGAACUGCGGUACAGAUGACGAGCGCAGCGAUUUCUUUGCUUUCAAUGACUACUCUUGGUGCGACCCUUCCUCCUUCCAGAUCUCCGGCUGGGACCAGAAGGUCAAGAACUUCACUGGAUAUGGUCUUCCCUUGUUCCUUUCUGAGUAUGGCUGCAACACCAACGAGCGCAAGUUCCAAGAGGUCAGCUCGCUGUAUUCCACCGACAUGACUGGUGUUUACUCUGGUGGUCUGGUCUACGAGUACUCGGAGGAGAGCAGCAAGUAUGGCUUGGUGAAGAUUGAUGGGAGCAAGGUCAAGGAGCUUGGCGACUACAGUGCUCUGAAGGAAGCUUUCGACAAGACCUCCAACCCCCAGGGCGAUGGUAACUAUAACAGCACCGGUGGCGCCAAUCCGUGCCCCAAGAAGCAUGCGCCCACUUGGGAUGUUGAUAGUGAUAACCUGCCCGCUAUUCCUGAGCCUGCCAAGAAGUACAUGACCCAGGGCGCUGGCAAAGGUCAGGGUUUCGAGGGCGACGGCAGCAUGGAGGCCGGGACUGAAUCCACCGCUACAGCCUCCCCGGGCUCUGGGUCGUCUGUGCCUUCCAGCACGUCCAGUACAGGUGCGGCUGCUACUACUUCCGAGGGUGCGGCUGCUAGCCUCUAUGCACCCCACAUUGGACUGGCACCCCUUGUGGCCAGUGCUGCGACUGUGCUGUCGACUCUGUUCGGCGCCAGUCUUCUUCUUCUGUAA